AUGGCGGGGAGAGUGGUGUUGAUAAACGCGGUUCUCAACGCGAUACCUAUCUAUUCCUUAUCUUUUUACAAAGCGCCCGCAAAAUGGAGGAUUUUGACGGAGAAGGAAGCGGUGUGGAGUGGUAUUCUUAAGAAUCGGUAUGGCAAUCCGACUCUAAAAGUUCUUGUUGGAGAUAUUAGUGUUGUUAAUAAAAAGGAUUCUAUUUGGUGGAGGGAUUUGCUAACUUCCGAUAAUUAUGCAAAUAUGGGGGAGAAUCAUUUUGCCGGGGCUGUUACUUGCAAUGUGGGGGAUGGUAAUGUUGUUCCGUACUGGUACGCAUGCUGGGCAGGAACUCAAACGUUACGGGAAGCAUUCCCGAAGCUCUUCGCAGUGGCUUCGGACCAUCUAAUUUAUGUUGCUGCAACUGGCAGCGUCACUGCCACUGACUGGGAAUAUAACUCGGCAUCUUUGUUUUCGGCAGAAACAGUAGCCUCAAACUUUCUGGUUCAGCAGCAGUUGGGUUUUUUGCAACACAUAUCGGUGGAGCAGGAUGUUAAUGAUGAGUUCUGUUGGGCGUUAACGGCGGAUGGAGCAUUUUCUGUUAAGUCUUGCUUUGACAGGUUCAAGGAGAAGCUUUCGUCUCCUCCUUUAGACGCAGCUACUGUCUUGGCCAUAAAUCACCUGUGGAAGUUUAAGGUUCCGUCAAAACUUCUUUGUUUCGGUUGGAGGGUUAUUCUUGAUAGGAUCGCCACAAAGGACCAACUCUUUAAAAGAGGCAUAACGGCGGCCAUGAAUGACUUACUUUGUGUGUUCUGUGAGGAGGAAGUUGAAUCUUUAAGCCACUUGCUUUGUCAUUGCGGGAUCGUGUCGGGGAUAUGGAGGAAGGUCUAUAAUUGGUUGGGUUCUUUGGAGGAGAUCACGUUAGAAGAGUUUGAGGAGUUCUUUAAGCAUUGUGAUAAGGUGAAGUGGUUAAAUAGAAGGCACACCGCAGCGGUCAUUUAG